AUGAAUUGCAGAGAAUAUUCCUUUAUCUUCUCUGUUGUAGAACCUGAAAUUUCGGAUGUUGUUUCAGCUUUAUUUCAUACAAUUUUACUUCAUAGGACGUUACCGACUCUUGAUUUUAAAGGAGGAGCAGUGAGCUACAAUUCCUAUCUUGGCAUAUGUGAUGUGGAUUGUAAAAGUCUUGACUUGACUUAUGUGUGUAUAAACUCAAACCAACUUAUCGAAAAGGUGGCGACUUCAGUUUCAGCCUUUGUUGAAGCUAUGCAUCGUGAUAGCUGUUCAUCUAACAAUAAUGGCGAAGUUCGUGGUGCAAUUAACUUGGAGUUUAUGGUUCACAGAAAAGGGGUUUGGUUGGGACCAGAAGCCUCGACUUGGGAACGUUGGAUUGUAAAUGUGAUUUUGAAAACUGUCAGUGCAAAUGAAAAAGAGGAUCAUCGUCGUCAAAUCAGCAAUCAACUGAGAGAUGAAUUAUGCAACAUUCUUGAACACUUCAACUCUCCUUCAGCUUAUGCUCCAUCUUUAGGUAGCUCACAAGCGGAAACAGAACACAUCAUUGACUUUUCUAUGUGUGGAAUUUCACCCUAUCGGUUUAAUAUAAAUUAUCUUGCUAAUUCAUGUCAAAGUCGUUCCGGAGUAAGUGUGACCAUGAGGCGUAUAUUUAAAGAUGCUAGACUUUGA